ACAAAGAUGGCGAAAGAGAGAGCGGAUGUUUCCGCACUUCGGGCUGCCAAGGCCUCUCUUUCUCUCCUGGCGGCCCAGCUCUCAAUGAUGGCAGUGGUCACGUGACGGGGGCGGGGGUGACGGCUCGUUUUGCACCUCUUGGAGGGAACCAGCUUCCCAGGCCGAGAGGGGAGGGGGCUUGGCUUCGGGCGGGUGAGGGGCGUGACAUGUCGCUCGAAGAUCCGUUUUUUGUAGUCCGAGGCGAGGUGCAGAAGGCGGUGAACACGGCCCGCGGGCUUUAUCAGCGGUGGUGUGAGCUUUUGCAUGAGGGCGCGGUGGUCGGACGCGAGGAGCUGGACUGGACGACCAAUGAGCUGCGGAAUGGCCUGCGCAGCAUCGAGUGGGACCUCGAGGACCUGGAGGAGACCAUCGGCAUAGUGGAAGCCAACCCAGGCAAGUUCAAGCUCCCAGCCGGAGACCUGCAGGAGAGAAAGGUGUUUGUGGAGAGGAUGCGGGAAGCAGUCCAGGAAAUGAAGGACCAUAUGGUCAGCCCCGCAGCCAUAGCCUUCAUGGAGAGGAAUAAUAGAGAGAUGCUGACAGGCAAGCCAGCCACCCUGAAGUCAACCAGCGACUUGCUGGACGCCAGUGUGGUCUCAACCACCUCUCGCUACAUUGAAGAGCAGCAGGCCACACAGCAGCUGAUCAUGGACCAGCAGGACCAACAACUGGAAAUGGUGUCUGGGAGUAUCCAGGUUCUGAAACACAUGUCCGGCCGCAUCGGGGAGGAGCUAAAUGAGCAGGGCAUUAUGCUGGACACCUUUGCUCAUGAGAUGGACCAUACCCAGUCCCGGAUGGAUGGGGUCCUCAGGAAGAUGGCCAAAGUAUCCCACAUGACCAGUGACCGCCGACAGUGGUGUGCCAUUGUGGUGCUGCUGGGGGUGCUUCUCCUGGCCCUCAUCCUGUUCUUCUCUCUCUGAUCCUGGUUCUCCCCAGGAAGCUGGUCCCUCCAGCUGGGGGGCUCAGCAGAGCCUUGCCCCCUGGGAGGAGGGGGAUCAUGCCUGGGGAGCUGUCCCAAGGCUUCAUCCAGAGCCAGUAGGACCCUCAUGGCCCUGGGUGGGAGCCCCCACCACUGGUUCUGUCUCAAGUGUGCUUAGGGGGUGGUGGAGGUAGGGGGACCUCAGACACGCCCCUCCCCAUCUCUCCUUCCCAUGCCCCAAAGCCAUCGCUUUGCCCGUGUGCCUUCUACAUGUGUCAACUUGGAAAUAAAAUCCCAGCCUUUGUUAUAUACAUUUGUAUCGUAUGAUGUGUCGAUCUGAACUUGUGGCUGUCCCUGAAUGGGAGCUCCUGUUCUAAGCCCCCUGCUUGCACACGCUGGGGCCAAGUGUGCAUGUGUGUGCAUGUGUGUGUUAAGGAUUUCAAUGGUUGAUAUUUGGUGCAGAAAAGACUGUUCUGGUUUAUUUCUUGGAUUUCAUGAUGGAUAAUUUUAUUACCAUCGAAAUUCCAAACACUGAUUCUUCUUGAGUUUUUGAAGUUCAGCCUAAACGUCUUUUGCUUGUUCUUUGUCUAAGGUAGGUAGGUGAGUCCCUUAGCUGUGGAACUGAGCUGUCACUUCCGAGGGGCCUCUGAGUACCACUAGGCUCCCUCAUACACCUGGUCACUCUAACAAGAAAGCAUUUGUCAAUUUAAGGGCUUUGCCAUAGAGCCUUCCUGAGUAGGAGAAAUGAUUCCUAUAAGCCAGGUAAACUUGUAAGUGCUGUGAAUCUUAACUUAUUGUCUUAGAUGUUUCCGUCUUGAGCAUUAUGUAAUCAGGCAUCAGGCCCACCCUUCUCAGUCGCUCAUUUAUACAUUGGAAAGUGCUCUUACAAGGAUGUCUGUCAUUCCAUUAGGCUGAUUUGUCAAAGAGAACCAAAUAUGUUCAGAUUAUCUUUUUUUGGUCGCACCAUGUGGCUUUUGGGAUCUUAAUUCCCCGAUCAGGGAUCGAACCCAGGCCCCCUGCAGUGGAAGCGUAGAGUCCUAACCACUGGACCGCCAGGGAAUUCUGCUCUCCCCCCCCCACACACACUUAUUUUUUAAAUGCAAAACCACUACCACUAAUGCUGUGGUUCAGGUUGUCUUGAUCCAUUCUACACUUGGUUCUAAGUCUUCCUGGGGUUAAAAAUAUGUGCUUCUGGGAGUCUGACAGUGUUUCCACCUACCUGGGCUUGCCUACAUGUUAAGACAGGCAGACUUCCUGUUACUUGAAGUGACUCUGGACCAGAGUCACCUGAGGAUUUUUGUUGAUGCUGCUGUUGGCUCCCCCAAACCCCUGCUUUCUGUUGGUUGAAGCUGGGCUUCAGGACU